AAAAAAAACAACAUGUAUACCCAGAACAGAGAAACGCCCACUUGGUGUGCCGCAAGAAACGCCAAGACAACACCUGCUCAUUAAUUACAACAGAUCUCCUCGCAGGUCUUCCGUUCAAACAUACCGCGAAGAUCCUGCCAGUGCCUGAUAGAGUGAUUCGAUAGCUGUCACUUAAUUCUGGAUUUAACUUUCACGCACCACGGGCACGAUUAAUUGACAUGUAUCUGUACUUUGAUAUCUAGCGCGCAGCUGCGGAAUGACAGAUGUGGAGGCAGGUUGCUCUCUGGGUGUAUUCAUUUGGGUGUGACAAAAUAUUGCCGCAAGUCCUUGACCGUAACAUGUGUAAUGUAAUUUAAAAACGGAGGAUCACCCAGCAGUCGCGUGCAACUUUUUUUUCCGCCGUUGCACUGCGAACACAGCUGUUAUAUUUUCGGACAUCAUUUGUCUCUUCCUUGUUCCGAGUGGGAAUUAACUUAAAAAUGUAUUGCCUGAUGGACAGCAAGUCGACAUAAAACCGAAAAAUUAGUACCGAUUUCUUGUUGAGCUCAUUGAUCCGGUCUUUCGAGGAUGAUCAGUUGUAUCGGUUGCUUUUGGGUGCUCCUCUCCUCGGCUCUCGUGGCGAUUUGCAGCUACAGUUUCGCCACUCCGGCAUGGAUUGUGAAGGACCCCUUACGAAACGAAGCCACCGUGAGCUUCGGGCUGCUGUGGCACUGCUCGGAGUCCACGGAUCAUAUGUACAGCUGUUACUCGUUUGCGGGGCUUGGGAAAUUUGCUGAAAUUCCCUCCGUCUCCUGGCAGGCCAGUGUGGUCCUGUGCUGUGGGGGCUGUGUUCUCCUGGCUGUCAGCUCCAUGUUGGCCUUCAUCACGGUCUUCCUCCCCAGCGGAGCCUGUGAGCGGAGGGCUUGUGUCCUGGCGGGCUACGUGCAGAUGGUGUCAGUGUUCAUCAUGGGGUCCGGCCUGCUGGUGUAUCCCUUCGGCCUGAGCUCCGCCCUGGUGAAGUCGUUUUGCGGGAGCUCGGACAUCUACUCUGCGGGGGAGUGCCAGAUCGGCUGGGGCUACAUGCUGGCUAUUGUCGGGGUCAUGCUCACCAUCUUCCUGCCCUUCUUCGCGAAGUACGCGCCAAAGGAUCACAUGUCUCCAACGCCUCUGCCCACCAUUUUAUAGUGAGAAAGCCUCCCCUGCCCCUGUCCAUGUUACUGAAGGCACUGGAACUCCAGCUUGCACGUGAUUGGCUGAAAAGAAAUGACGACCGCCAAUAGGACCCAAAGCAUUCGUCUUCCUCCACACUGUCCAAUAAGCCACUUCACAGAUGAUUCAUUAUUUCAUGAAACUUUCACUGUUGGCUAUUUUCUACAUAAUGGAAAGAAACAACCUUUAUUCAUGGUUUAUUUUAGUAUUGCGGAAUAGAAAAAGAUCUUCAUCGGCUCAUUUUUCUGUUUUUGUGCCCCUGUUUUUGUAUUCUCAUCUGUGUGUGAUGAAAUAUAUACAACAUUUUCUGCAAGCAUCCAGCUUUAAACAUUGGUGUGUGUUGCGUGUAACAGACAGUAUGGUUACUUUUUUUUUUUCAAUGUUAAACUCAAAUUAAUUUUUAAUGUUGCCUACUGUGACAAAUGACCAUCACUGUAGGGGUAGCUGUCACCCUACAAAACAAUUGCUCUCACAUUCCAAGAGUAUCUUGUUGAGCUAUCAGGGAUUUUUUUUUUUUUUUUCAAUGAUAGAUUAUCGGAGCAAUUUGUGUAAGCUCUUUCACUGAAAGAGAAACAAAUCUUCAGGGACAUCACUUGACUUGAGCAACAGAAUCCAAGGAACGAACUGCAGGAACGUUUUCCUGGGUGACGCAAAAGCAUAAUUAAAGAACUCUGAGGAGAAGUAACACAAAGAUCUCCAAACAAGCAGUCAAAAUGGCGCAGACAGAGACAGUGGGAUCUGAGCACCCUUUGUUGUCUGGCAGCUAGAUCUGGCUAGAUAGAGGUGAACAGUGGUAAUACAAAGGGGAAUGUACAGUUCAUAGAAAUGCAGUCUGGAACUGGAGAUUGAACGUAUUGAUAUAAUUCAUUCUGAGGGAAGCAUUAGUAAAGAGAAAUUUAUGUUUUUUAUUUCGCACAUAUUCUGAAACUGCGCAGCUUGCCACCGAGUAGUAUCUGUCUGUGAUGUUUUUUCAGGCUUGGCUUUGCUUGUCAAGUGGAUGUGUUAUGACUGCAUAGUGUACAAUAAAUCUUCUGCCUUUUUCGUAAGUGUUUAAAAAAAAAAAACUUGGAGAACUGAUUGUGUAAAAAAGCACCUGAAAAAUGAGAACAUAAGGCAGCCUGUGUAUUUCUCCUUGUUCUUUGUUGUCCAGAUGUAAACAGGUGAAGCUCUUUGCGAUAAACCGUGAAGAUAAUGCUUGCUUUUGGAAAUACUGUACAUCACUGGCUUUAAACCAAUGGUGGACAACACGCAGCCAAAUGUGCUGUUUAUGACAUUCACAAUAUAUACAGUCUGCUAUAUAUAUAGAUAUAUAUAUAUAUAUAUAUAUUAGCAUAUAAGCAUAUGAAAUUAAUAAAUAUUUCAUAAACAGUCUAAUGUUAUACAAUCAUGGAGCUUCUUAAUAGUUUAUUUCCUUGUGUCUUAAUCUGAAUAAUUGUAUGAGCUAUUUUUUGUAAAUAUAUGGCACCUAUAUACUAGCAUGCUCUCAUGGACUUGCCCUACUUAAGAGUUUGGGUCAUCUACAGUGCAAAAUUAUGUUGCCCACCAUUGUUUUAAACCCUGUAAUUAUUUAAAGCCCUGGAGUACAGUACAGCAGUAUUUUAAAAAAUAAUGACAUAGAAAAUGGAAUAUGAAAAUAAUCGAUUUAAUUAUUUUUUAAGUUUGGAUUAGAAAAUAACAAACUGUCUCUCUGACCAAACCAAUGUGUGCCUUCACAGUGCACUGCAACAAGGCUAUAACCAGGACAUGCUCAAUCUCUGAUAAAUUUGUGUAUACAUUAUGGGUCUGUGAAAUGAGAUGUGUACUCGUAUAAAGAUUUCGUCCACUGUU